AUGGCCCUGGCAAAUGCUACCUUCUCGGAAAUUUUGGACGACUUGUCAAGUCGGUUUAUAAUUAAUGUCCCAGAAGAAGAGUUGGCUUCUAUUGAGCGUAUAUGUUUUCAGAUUGAGCAAGCACAUUGGUUUUAUGAAGACUUUGUCAGGGAACAAAACCCUAACCUACCAAGUUUUAACCUUAAAAACUUUUCAGCAAAAUAUAUCCUUGCAUUUAAGAUCUUAAAACUUAUUUCUAAUUUGAAUCACGAGAAAGCUUUCGCCGAUUUCAUGCAGUAUAAAAUUCGAGUUCCAGUAUGUGGGGCUAUCAUGUUGAACGAUAAAAUGGAUCAGACCUUAUACGCGAAAUCUAUUCCACAAAAGUGCGUGCUGGUAAAAGGAUGGUCUUCUCGUUCAGGCUGGGGCUUUCCGAAAGGGAAAAUAAAUAAAGAUGAGCCAGAUUCGACUUGUGCAGCCCGGGAGGUCCUGGAAGAAACUGGAUAUGAUAUAUCUCCUCUAAUUAAAGAACAGGAUUAUGUGGAGUUAACAAUUAGAGAACAACGCAUAAGACUAUAUAUUGCCGUUGGAGUUCCUGAGAAUACCGAAUUUUGUCCAAGGACUCGUAAAGAAAUAAGCAAAGUGGAAUGGCAUAAAGUGGCUGAUCUGCCAACGUGGAUUAGAAGUCGUGAUAGAGAUACUCCAUAUCGUUGUGGAGGUGGAUGCGUGAAAUAUGGAAGUAGUCGAUUUUAUAUGGUCGUUCCAUUUGUGAGCAAGCUACGUAACUGGCUUAAAAUGCAAAAAAAAUUGAAUCGCAAGAGGAUUGCCGGGACAGAGGAAUCUUCUGAAGUGACUAUAUUUAAUAAUCAUACGGAUUUAGGUCAAAAGGAAACUUCUCCAGAAACGUCUGUACCAGGAACAGAAAGCGAAGGAAGUCCUCAAGAACAAUCACCGAAUUUCAGCGAAUAUUUGAGACAGCCUUCACCGAGAGAUCACGAUACCUCACAUAAUAUUAUGAAAACUAUACUUGGGAUUGAUACUUCUAAUUCGAAUCCUUCAUAUUUGCAGAAACAUAGACCAUCAGAGCGGAUAAAUUACGAUGAUGAUCUGACGGUGACACCUAACAGGUUCACACACACGCAUUCUUAUCCCUCAACUUCUCUUCCUCUCAAUCAGUCAUCCAUAAUACCUAAUACCUCAAUAAUCAAUGCUCAUUUACCUUAUAACCAAUCGACAUUGGCUACUGGACAGCAAUAUGAUAAAGCGUCGGCAAUGGUUAAGUCGGGAACGAAACCUUCAAUUACAUCUGUUUAUCCAAACUCUCAUACAUCAGUUCCUACAAACGAUAAACGCGAUAUAACAGCACCUAUACCUAUACGUGCUAAUUCUAACGUGUCUAUUGCUGCCUUGGAUUCGGAGCAACGACUUCGUCGGAAUUCAUUGUUAAGUUUAUUUACUGCACCAACUUCAACUAAAGAGGUUACUCCGGUGACUUCAAAAGUUAUAGAUAGUGAUGCUCAGCGCAGAAAUUCAUUACUUAGUGUUCUCCAAUCAGACGCGCCCACAUCUAAUGGGAGUAGAAAGACUUCAUUGACACAUGAGGAUAUCGUUCAACAUCGAAUGCAGCAGUCUUUAUUCAAUUAUCUGCCUAAUUCUUAUAAUUCUGUUAAUCCUCCAGACAGCGAAUCAAAACUAGAGGAUCAAGUUGGAAAUGGAGAUUUUACAAUGUUUCAACACGAAAUCACCCAAGGAAAUACAAUGUUCACGACUACGACUUCGGGCACAAAUAAUGAUUCUAAUUUGAUGAAAAAUCGACGAGAUUCGGCGUUUAGCAGACACUCCAGCCAGGAGAUUCAAACCCCAAAGUUAUCAACUAACGUUGGACAUAUUGGUCAAGGAAGGCCAUCCAGCAAUAACAAAGACAAUGUGAACCCUGAGAUUCGUGAAGUUUCGAGAAAAAUGUCAUUGUUAGGUUUAUGUUCUGCGAAGUAUUCAUCAAAUGAUAGCAAAAAUUCACCCACCACACAUAAGCCUACUGUAGUUAAUCCUGUCAAGAGUCAAAAUACAUUUUUUUCAGCUUCCGUUCUUAGUCACGACCAUUCCCCUGAUAUAAACGCAAAUCCGGGCACCUCAGGUAUACCUAGUUCGUUAAGAGCAAACAACGAGUCUUUGUUACGUUUAAUAACAGCAUCUCCGCCGCAAGGCAAUUACUUUUCUCCAAAAGUAUUUGACGCGGAAAUUCAAGCUCAGGAAAGAGCUCUAUUGAAUCUUUUAAAAUUGGGUAGUCCAUCCAACGAAGGCAUCGUUAAUUCAAGUUCGCCGGCUCCAGGAAAUAAUGGAUCUUCAAUAUCCCAGGAUUAUAACCUCUCUGUGGACGAGUUCAAUCAGACUAAAGUUGAACCUUUUUGUACUGAAGGUGAAAAAGAUAAUUCGUUCAUGGCUGAUUAUAUUGUAAAUCUAAACUCUAAUGAUGGAAAACUAAGUGAUCAUGAAACCAGCAUUAUUUACCCUAGCACCACAAGUUUGACCGAAAUAACACCAAAUUUAGGGGUUCGUCAUGAACACCUUAAUCGAAUUCAUACGUUCAUUCCACCGGGCGACACUUUACCACAGGAAGGAAUGGGUUUGGAUGGAAAACAUUAUAGAUAUGGUGAAAAUCCUAUGACCGGCUUUAAAUUUGACGUGGAAAAAAUUGUUGCUGUACUAUGA